AUGAUUCUUUUCUUCUGUUUUUGCGUCCCUGUUUUCUGCUACGUCAGUUUUUUAUUACGAUUAUUUUAUCUCUAUUUAUAUUGUUUUGUUCCAUUAUUAUUAUUAUUAUUAUUAUUAUUAUUAUUAUUAUUGAUCAUAAUUCUAACGCAUCUCCUUAUUUUCUUUUCUUUCAUUUUUUUCUUUCAUUUUUUUCUUUCUUUCCUUCUUUCUUUCUUUCUUUCCCUGUUUACUCUCUCUUCUCAUGUCUCAUCGUCAGUUUAUAGUCAUUCUCCUUCUGUAUCUUCUUCUUUUUGCUCUAUUCCUUUCAUCUGUUUUUCUUCUUUUCUAAAUCAAGAGUUCUUCAUUCUUCAUUCUUUCCUUCUCUUAUCUUUCACUCUCUUCUUUUCAUUUUUCUUUACUUUCUCUUUCCUUGCCCUUCAAUACCUUUCUUUCUUUCUUUCUUUCUUUCUUUCUUUCUUUUUUUCUCUUCACCCUACCUUCUUCAUUUGUCUUGUCCUUCUUUCUCUCUCGGAAAUUCCCCCUCCCUAUUAUGUUUUCUCUAGUCUAUCUUCACUUUACGUGACGUCUUCUUCUUCAUGUUUUCUCUUUUCUUUUCGUGUUUCUCUUCUUUCUCUCUUUUAUAUUUGUUUCUUUCUUCAUUCUUUCUUUUUCUUCUCUUUCGCUUUAUUAUUCUUGCUUCCCUUCUCUUUUCCCUACCUUCCUCUUUCCCUCUUUUUUCUCGUCCUGCCUUUUUCCCCCUACCCAGUUCUCCCUAAUUUUUAUUCCGCAUUUAUUAUAUUUAAUACACUCCGUCAUCCAUUUUCUUUCCUGGUCAGGCUAGACAGCGAGUGUCGGAAUUUAUCGUUUAGGCAAUCCAUUAUUUUGCUAUUCUUUUAA